AUCCUUCAGGGAAACGAUCAGAUAAAGCUGUUUUUAAUCCUCGUGGUGGACUGCUUAAAGACCCGCACAUUAAGAAUCCACUCAACAUGGAAAAUUCACCAUCAAUGACCUCAUCAGUCGUAGAUGGAGACGACGUGGAGGAUCAUCGACCCCUCCUGCCACCAAGACUGGUUGCCCCAUCUCAGAUCUACUCACCGCAAUGUGGGAUACACCACACGGUCCAAACGUCAAUAGAUCACACCGUGUGGCUGGACAGAACCCAAGUCCUGGCUACGACGCCUUUAUACAACGGCCACCUUUAUGUCACCGCCACACCUCGGUCCUCCCGGAGGAGAGAGAAAAUGAAAAGCAAGGAGAAAAAAUGUGAGAAAAGGUCAGGGGAAGGAAGACAAACUCCAGGGCCCAAGGAGCGAACUCACCAGUGCAAAGCCAAAAAUGCAGGCUCGAACAGACUCCAGGAGAAGGUCACAUCUUUCACCGAUGUGCCCAUUUCUCCCUGCAGCACGCCCUUUAAAGCCCCCCCGUGUAGGCCCAACUUAGAUGUUAGGGAUGUAGAUGAGCGAGGGCACCGCAAGUCCGGCACCGUUUCUUUGGAGAUGCGCGAUCGUCAGAGUCUGCCAGAGAUCAUCAUCACCAGCAAGGACGACAACCUGCAGCAGCAAAACAAGGCAUCCCAGUAUGAUAAGCAUCCGGCCGAGGCCAAAGGCCCGCUGCCUGGGCUUGAACGCUUCAGCAAGAGCCCCUGCCCCAGUCCUCAGCUCAGCCCAAAACGCAAGGAGGACGCCAAGAAGGACCCAUACUGGAGGACACACAACAUCGGGUGGCGGCUGGUCCACAGGAGGGCUCUGUUUCUGAGGAGGCAACGACUGAACGACAGCGCCUUGGCAGUGGGGAUAUUUGGCGUGGUCAUGAUGGUGAUGGAGACGGAGCUGUCCUGGAGCAUCUACAGCAAGAGCUCCAUCUACUCCAUCACACUAAAGUCAGUCAUCAGCAUAUCUACGCUCAUCCUGCUCGGCCUCAUCAUGGCGUAUCACUGCUGUGAAGUGCAGCUCUACGUUCACGACAUUGGUGCAGAAGAUUGGCGGAUCGCCAUGACGACCGACCGCAUAGCUCUGAUUGCCUUGGAGCUGGCAGUGGCUGCCAUUCAUCCGUACCCAGUGGGGCUGCAGGCGUACUUCCAGAAGACCGCGACUCGUACGACCCUCUCGGAAACAGAGCUGGAGAUCAUGCUGGCUCUGCCCAUGUUUCUGAGGCUCUACCUGCUGGGUCGGGCCAUGAUGCUGCACAGCCGCCUCUUCACCGACACCGCCUCCCGCAGCAUCGGAGCGUUAAAUAAGGUGGGUCGCGAGGUCUGUAAAAGUGUGACAAUUGAGAUCCACUUCAACACACGGUUCGUGGGAAAAACACUGAUGACUACCUACCCCGGCACCGUGCUGAUGAUUUUCAGCGUUUCUCUGUGGAUUGUGGCAGCAUGGGGCCUGCACGUGUGUGAAAGGACCUGA